AACAAAACACAUAAGUUUAUUAUUAUACCUUGUAAUACGUCUUGUUGUAAAUUUGUACUUUUCUUUAUUAUUUUUAUUGUAAUAUGAAAUUUACUUUUUCAUUAGUUAUUUUAAAAUUACUAAGUUGUGAAGCUGCGCUUAGAAUACUUGGAGGCAGAGAUGCACUCAGAGACGAAUUUCCUUUUGCCGUUCGCUUAGAAGCACAAUUGACAGUGGAAAAUAUUAAUCGCAGCAAAAAUAUUGUUGAGUAUCAUCAACUCUGCACAGGUGCUGUGGUAACUCCUAAAUGGAUCUUAACUGCAGCUCACUGUUAUUUCAAAAAUAUUUCAACGUUUGCGAGAUACAAUAGCUAUUUUCCAAAACAUAUGGGUGAAAUAAGUCCUAUACUAGAAGUUUAUAUUCAUCCGCAAUUUACUCAACGUCGUAUAUGGGCGAAUCAAAACGAUGUAGCAUUAUUUUUAAGUCAAAAUAUAUUAGUUUCUCAAUAUGCUAAGUUAAGUGCAGUCGAUUACAAAACUUUAGUAGGUCACAAAGUAAGUAUUCUUGGAUUUGGAGCAACAAAUGCAACCAAAUCCGAAAAACCUUUACAGGUUUUAGAAGGCAUGAUGAAUAAAUGCUUCGAAUCUGAAAAGGAUUUUAUAGACUUUGCAGCGACGAUGAUGUGUGUAGUACCAUUAUGUGGAUUGGAAGCGACGAUCUGUGGUGGUGAUUCUGGCGGUCCAGUGGUACAUUCAUCUGGAAUAGUUGGCGUCAAUUCAAUGUCUGUAGAUGACUGUGAUGAAUUCACCACCAAAUUUAAAAGAACUCCAGGAACUUCAGCAAGCAUAGUAGCAAUGAUCAGCCAUGAAUUAAAUUGGGUUACAAACGUAAUUUCUAAUAAAGGUAUUUAUUAAGUGGCAAAAUGUAGUGACACGCAUUAUUCUUUUGUUCAAUGUCAAAAACCUUUAUUCAAUAUAGAAGCAUUACAAUAACAUCUUGAUUGUCAAAUAAAAUCUUGCCUUUCACACCGAAGGUUGUGGGUUCGAUUCCUACCCAGGACAGACAUUUGUGUGCAUGAACAUGUCUGUUUGUCCUUAGUCUGGGUGUAAUUAUCUAUAUAAGUAUGUAUUUAUAAAAGAAAAGUAGUAUAUGUAGUAUAUCAGUUGUCUGGCUUCCAUAGCACAAGCUUUGUACAAGCUUAAUUUGGGAUCAGAUGGCCGUGUGUGAAAAAUGUCCCAGGAUAUUAUUAUUAUUACUUGUUUGGUGUUCGGUAAAUUAGUUAAUUUACUAGUUAAAUCUAGUUAGAUUAAAAAGAAGUGAAUUUGCUGUAGCUGCCUGUAAUAUAACAUAACAUGCUAAUAAGAAAAAUACUGUUGUCUUAUGUCCAAUUAGCGUAGAAGUGGAUGAUGCUUUAAGUUACAAAAGGUGGACUAUUGUGGAGGUAUUUGGUUCCUAUUGCAAUUGCUUGCGACUAAUAAUAUUAUAUUUAAAUAAAUAAAUUAAUUAAUUAAUUAAUCUGCUAAUAAUAUCGUAUUGUAAGUGUGAAUUUAAAUAAAAUAUUAUUAUCAAUAUAUCGUUGUUCGUCAAAACACGAAUACAUGAUAAUCACGUGGAGUGAUAUCUUUACACGAAUUCCGGCCUACUAAUUGAAUACGGCUUGCUCGGUAUUUCUCUGACGUGUAACCCUAGUAUAAAUCUCUCAAUGCACAUACAAUAUUGUGUUUCUGAUAUAAGGAGUAAGAUUUGAUAUGCUUAUAAAUGAACUAUUGUUUUUUUGUUCGAAAAAUCAGUUUAUUCGCUAACCACAUAUACAGAACGUGUGUCGUUAAAGGGUCUAA